AUGGGUGUUACUUCGGGAAAUAUUGGUCAACGGCCUCCGGAGUUGCGAAAGCGAAGAACUAGAUAUGAUAUUUAUAAGAGGAUUGAUGCGAGUUAUUAUGGGUAUAGAGAUGAAGAGGGCGGGGUUUUGGCUAGGGUGGAGGGGCCAGCGGAGGCAAAGAUGAGGGCUGAAGCGGAAGAGGAAUGGCGGAGAGUGGAAGAGAUUAGAAGAGAAGCAAGGAGAGGAGCCAAGGAGGUGGUUAGCGUGGGAGCUGCAGCGAGGGAGUUGUUAUUUGAGGAAGAAGAGGAUGUGGUGGAAGAGGAGAGGAAAGAGAGGAAAGAUAAAGAAAGAGAAUUCGUUGUGCACGUGCCCUUGCCCGAUGAGAAGGAGAUUGAGAGGAUGAUUGUUGAAAGGAAGAAGAUGGAGCUUUUAAGCAAGUAUGCGAGUGAAGGGCUGUUGGAGGAGCAGAGUGAAGCCAUGGACUUGCUUAAUAUUCAUCGGUAG